GAAAAAACAAAAGGAAUAUUUUGUUUGUUAUCCUUGUGCAAAGUAAAAUAAAAGUGGUUCGGCAUCGCAAAGGUCGUCUUCAAUUUGUUAAAACUCCAUUAAUCUUGAAAAUUCGUUUGAAGAUCGUGGAAGAAAUAAAAAAAUGAAUCAGAAAGUAGAAUUUGAAGUAGAAGAAGAAGAAGAAGAGAGGUCGAGAAUACCCAUAAGUGAGAGGCCCGAAUGGGCUGAUGUACGGCCCUUACCGCAAGACGACGGCCCGAAUCCGGUUGUUCCGAUUGCGUACUCCGAUGAAUUCAGCGAAACCAUGGAUUUCUUCAGAGCCGUCUACUUAGCCGAUGAACGAUCCGCACGUGCUCUCGAACUCACCCAAGAAGCCAUUUUUCUCAAUUCUGGAAAUUACACUGUGUGGCAAUUCAGACGUCUAAUACUCGAGGCGCUUAGCGUCGAUUUGCGUGAGGAAUUGGAGUUCAUUGAUCAGAUUGCGAAAAACAACACUAAGAAUUAUCAAAUAUGGCAUCACAGAAGAUGGGUUGCUGAGAAACUUGGGAGUAAUGUAGCGAGUAACGAGCUUCAAUUCACCGGAGAAAUAUUUUCUCAGGAUGCAAAGAACUACCAUGCCUGGUCUCAUCGACAAUGGGUUCUUCAGACUCUUGGAGGAUGGGACGACGAGCUUGCCUACUGUGACGAACUCCUCCAAAAUGAUAUCUUCAAUAAUUCCGCUUGGAAUCAGAGAUAUUUUGUGGUAACUAAAUCUCCCCGACUAGGGGGAUUGGAGGUGACGAGGGACUCUGAAGUUGCUUAUGCAAUUAAAGCCAUUUUAACGAAACCCGAGAAUGAAAGUCCGUGGAGAUAUUUGCGCGGACUUUACAAAAACGAUGUGAAUUCUAUAGCUAAUGACCCUCGAGUGGCUUCAGUUUGCGUGGAUGUUUUGACGAACGAAAAGGAAUGCGCUCAUGCGUUGAACAUGGUUUUGGAUCUCCUAUGCAAUCACUAUCAACCGAGCAUUGAGUUGAAAAAUGCCAUCGAUGCGUUGUCGGAUAACUCCGAUUUGGAGUUGGCGAAAAAAGUAUGUUCCGUCUUGCAAUUGGUUGAUCCAAUGAGAGCAAAUUACUGGGAGUGGCGCAAAACCACUGUUCCUGCUCGAGAUUAAUGCAGAAGGGGUGUAUGUAUCAUUAUUAUUCAUUAUGUAUUUCGGUUUUAUAGUAUGCUGCUACAUGUGGUGAAUUUCACCGAGUGCCUAAAUCUAUAUACACUGUUACCUAAAUUUCAAAGUUAUCUAAAUCGAGUUUCUUUUGUUACUCGAUUCUCGGUUUCGAUUGGUGAAAUUCACCGGGGCAUUAUGGAACAAAACAAUGUAUUUGCCUACUCAUUUAUGCCAGUUAGAACAUCUGUCUUUAAA